AUGCAGCUCGUCCAAAUUCUACUUGUGAUCUUGGUCCUUUUGCUCAAAACUACCAAUAGCUUCGUUACUACCGACAACGACGGGGCCGAGAGUAAGAGUCCUCCGGUUAUUGACUUUACCAACCUAAGAGGAUCUCAAGCUUGGACUGGCGUCCCCACAAGGAAGGAAGAGCGAAAUGGAGGAGGAGCACAUAUCGGUGGAUAUGCCGUGUCCAAUAACCCCGUCACCUCAACAGAACCACAAGGUCCGGUGGCCACGAACACAAGAUUUGAAGGCAAGGGUGUCUUGCAGAAAUUUGUAAAUUGGUUGGACAAGACAUUCGGCGACACGAAGAAGAAGAAGAGUUACCUAGAAUCCACCUCAUCCCUGGACAGUGAAUAG